AUGCGCGUAUUUCUUGUAAAUCCUAGAGCAUGAUGUUUUACAGAGCCUUGCAAAUCUUUUUCCAUUUUUUUACGAUAUUUUACUGUGUGACCGGUGAAACGUCAACGAAAAAAAAUGAAAAGCGAAUUGGUGUUAGAAACAGUUAUCAAAUGUGCCUCGACAGCUUUGACAUUCAUAGGGAUAAAAUUAUUCGAACGCAUGAAUCUCGUGAAAUGGGUGCUAAAUACUUAAAUGAGGGCGACGUCGAUUCAAAGGAAGAAUGUUUAAAAUUCUGCUGUGGUACAGAGGGUUGCGACGUGUUUAUCUUUGAAGAGAAGAAACCUGGAAGUUGUUAUCUUUUCCAAUGUGGGCCACUACAUGACUUCAAAUGUAAAUUCACCAGUCAUGCUAACUAUAGUAGUGCAGUACGUACCAAUUAUAAAACGCAAAAUAAUGCACAGCUAGAAGAGGAAAUACGUAUUUCUCAACAAGAACAUGAGUUAAAGUCUCUUAGGAAAGCGGCAGACGCAGCACCAGUAGAGUAUUCCUUCACUGAACCAUCAAUUAAAUUAAUUGCAACCUUAAUGCCAAAAUUACCAUUAACUACACCUCCACCUUUGAAGCAAGCUUGUAGCCGCAAUCAGUAUAAAUGCCGAUCAUCAGGAGAUUGUAUAGCAGUGUACAAUGUGUGCGAUGGCAUUCCACAAUGUGCAGAUGGAUCUGAUGAGGCAGCAGAUCUUGUAUGUCCUACAGAAAAACCAACUAUGUCUCCUCCUUUAAUGCAAAGGCCUCAACCACUCCAACAACCUCAACCACUUUCACCUGUUGAUAUUAUAAAGUAUCAACAAAUGGUGGAUCAACACAAAUCUUUUGCACCAUUGUAUGCUCAUGUUCCAGAAGUUAAUCCUAAACCAUGGGAAUUACCUAAUUUAGCUCAUCAAAUGAUACCACAGCAACAGCCUCUUUUAUAUUCGGCACAACAAAUGGAAGUACCUCAACUACAUAAAGGAUUUGGUGCUCCAGGGUACCAGUGGGACUAUCAACCACUAUACGAACAAAACAAAGACAUGUAUAGUCCUAUUAAUUCUCUUCAUGGACAAAACAGUUUGAAUCCCUAUGAACAGGAUCAACCACAUAUUUUCAAUCACAAAGGAUCAAGUGUUAUAGGAGAAAAAGAAACAGAUAAUGGUGCCUAUGUAGAUUUAAGGCACCCAUAUACAUCGCAUUUUAUAUCGUCAAAUAGAAGUCCAUGGCAAAAUACUCAAGUUUUUCCUUCCCCAUCCCCAUUAUCGAAUGUGCAACAAAAACAGAUGAAUGAAGUUGAGAGGAAUACAAUCAGUACAACUACACCUCCCUGUGAUGUAUCACAUGAACAAACGGAUGCGCCAAUGAAAAGCAAAGAAAUUAAGAACAUUGAUCAGCAAGUAGAGAAACUUGUUGUUCAUGAUAAAGAAGUUACUCAAAAUAGUAAUAAGCAAAGUGUAUUAAGGAUCGAAACUCCAAAACAUAAUCAUAUUAAAGCAUCGGAACCUAAAGAGCAUAAAAGUUUAAUAGUUAUCAAAGAUCAUAACAGGGAGCAUGGAAGAAAUGCUAUAAUGGCAGAACAUUUGAAGCAAGCAAAUGAGAAUGAAGUUUUAAGGCCCAGAGGAGCGGUUAUAUCAUUGGCUUUGGGACUUAUAAUCACAGCCAUUGCAGCUACAUUAAUUGCAUGCCGUUUACGGGUAGUUCGUAGACGUGGAAGACGUCAUGGACCAUACGCUCACGAUGCGGACUAUUUAGUUAACGGAAUGUAUCUUUAA